UUCAAAAUGGCGGCCGCAGUUAGGCUUUUUGUUGGUCGCCGUAGUUUCGCAUUUUCGGGUCCGCUUUUGCUUCAUACGAGGACAAUUGCAGCUAAACGCAAAGCACUACGUGCAUUUGAACAGCGGAAGCACCAAGAUGAUGUUUUUCUUCUAAAUUACAGAGCUCCACCAAGUCACACUUUCGCGGAAGCUUUGAGCGCUCUUCGUGCUUAUGCCAUAACUAAUAUCGAUCAAACUGUCGAGCUGCACAUCAAGAUCAACAUGGGAGAUAAAAAGGUUGGUUUUGUUUAAAGUCAUUAAAGCUAAAAUCUUAAAUCUCUGUUCUAACUCGUGAAUAUGACAGUGGCAGAGAUGCAAAGAUCUAAAAUCCGGAGACUUUCAUAAGCUUAUUUAAAUAUGAAAUCACAGUCAGAGUAUAUUGUAAAUUGUGUUCUUUGAACACUUUCUUGUACAUUACAGACUAAGAUCAAUCCUUUUCAUGGACUUAUGUUGCUUCCAAAACAAUAUGGAAAGGAGAGAAAGGUGUUAGUGUUUGCAAAGGUGAGAGGUUAUUACUUAUAAAACUUAGCCACUGACUCUGUGAUUAUCAUUGAGAUGUUGAUCAGAAAGAAAUCACAAGAAUCUACCAGUCAUUUGCAAGUUUAGUUUUUGUAUCAUUCCUGUCAGCACAUGGGAAUUUGCUGUCUCUCCCUUCAUAAAGGCAACACAGGAAGCCAUAAGAAUCCACCAUAAAUCAUAUCUUUCAAAUCAACACUAAAAAGCAGAAUCAAUGAAUGUAUUUCAUUGAACUCCUUCUACCUAGUUUUCCAUGUAAAUGAGUUGAUCCCAGCAUACAGUAGUUGCCCAAGGAUGGAGCUUCACCAGUCGUUUUUUUUAACUAAGGGGCCAUCAACAUAUUCCCCCCGGUUAAUGUUAACUGGACGCUUAGGUCAGACCCCCUCCCUUCCCCCCUUCCUUAAUGUCCACUUGAAAUUUUGCUGCCCCCAGAAAAGGAAUACUUCCCCCUGGUAUGCACUUACCUGAAGAUGUCAAUGGUAACAACACAGUUUACUGCUUUUAAAACGUGGUAGAAACUUCAUAUUUUAGUACAGAAAUUAAAAGAUCACAAUGUAAAAUGUACAAUUGCUAGUAGUUAAGGGGAGAGUUUAAAGGAUCAAAAUUUACACUCCCUUCUUUAAUUGGUCCUGCUUUCUAUUGAAUAAUGUCACCAGUGCUGUUCCACACAUGAGGUAAAAUUUUAAUAUGAAAAUGCAUCAGUUUGCUUUUGUCCAAAAAAUGCCCCACACUUACGCCCACUGCAUUACCCCCUACCCCCUAAACGUCCAGCUGAUGUUAAGAGGAGGAAAAGUGAAUAUGUCGAUGGCCCCUAACCAUAUCCUGUUGUGUGCCUAUCCAGUUGGUAACUUAAGGAAGACUGCACCAGAUUAAAGCCAAACAAUCAACUUUAUUCAGCUAAAUUUGCAACUCGCCGUCCUUGACAACAACUAUCAGGUAUUUCUUGACCUACAAAUAAGGGAAUCUGGGUUGAUUGAUACAUUUUAUUUUACUUGCAAGUUUAAAAUGUAAAUAUGGAGAGUGUUAAACACUCCCUUUUUAUCAUUAGGAUGAAGCUGCCGAGAUUGCAAAGAAUGCUGGAGCAAACGCUGUUGGAGGAGAAGAGCUCAUUAAAAAGGUACUCUAAUGAAUUUACUGGCUAAAAUUAUUGACUGGUAAUUUUAGCGUUAAUUAAAAUUGCUCUGAAUCGACCAAAAAUGCCAAGUGACACACAAUAAUAAAACAUUGACUAAGGCACACAGCAUUAUGCUGAUUUUACAUUAUUAUACAGUAUUAUAAACACUUACUAGAAGACUAACAUUCUGCUAGCAGCUUUCAUGUCAAUCUACUCUGGCCCUUUUCUUAGCCUCCUCAUUAGCACUGUAACUUAUUGCUAUCCUUGUGAUGUCAUUUUUCUUUGUUUGUCAUUAAGGUUGCUGAUGGUGAGUUGACAGACUUUCAUCAAGUUCUCUGCACCUUGGAAUUUCUGAGCAAAAUGAGACCUCUGCAAAGAAUACUAAGGGAAAAAAUGCCAACAACUCGAAGAGGUAAUGUUCUAGUAUAGCAUUUAGGGCUGUGCUCCCUGUGACCCAUGGCAACUUGGCCAAAUUUGCAACUCUUUGAUUAUUGAACAGAAAUUUUGUAUCUACACAAAGCCAUGUAAUAUCAUCCAUAAAAAAAAUUGUUUAAAUUGUAUUUUUUAUUAUUUUAUCUCUGUAGGAACUGCCUCUGAUGACAUUGCAACUGCAAUAAGAACAUAUAAACAGGGUCACCCAUAUAGAUGUGACAGGCUUGGAUAUGUCAAUAUUGGAGUGGGAAAGGUACAUAUGAUAGAUUUGUAACAACUACAUGUACAAGUUUUUCAUGCCAUGCUACUAACAGACAACCAAUAACAUCGCGACUUAAUUGACCAAUCAGUUUAAUACCAUCAACUGAUGUGAUACAAUUCACUUUGACUCUGAAGAUGACCACCGCAAAGGUUGUUGAAACAUCAGUCACUGUCAGCAAUAACAGUCCUAUUCAGGACUACAAUCACCUGGACAAUCAAACUCAACCUACUUAUGAAAUGACUCGUGGGUUCAAACCUGUCACAGUUAUACAUGUAACUAUCAGGCAGUGUUCUGUAAAUUGAAAAUCAGAAUGUUUUCCUAAUGUCUUUCCUUGUUGGUUGGCCCUAAGGAAUUCAUUGUAGUUUGAGAGUAAUCUUACAAAUUUGAGAUUAUAUUUUUAGUACUAGGUUAUAAUAAAUUUUGAGUCAACCUGCGCCCUUAAAGCAAGCUCCCCUUUUGGAGGGUUUCGUCAGAAGUCAUGGACAAGCCGCAUACAAAAGGAGGCACAAGAGUGAGGGGUAGUUUUGCCACUCACUCACUUGUUCUCUUGCAGCUGACUCUGCUCACAAUUAAAAAGGAAAAGCUACCUUUUAUGCUACCCAACCUCUGUCUGGUGGUCACCACUAAAAGAAAUAAUGGUCACCUCUCCUCAAUGGCCACUUCUUAUAUUCUCGCAAAAUAUUCACUCUUGUUUUAAACUGUCCUGGAGAGCUUUGACUGCAAAAGCAAUACAAGGACCUUCUCUUUUAACAUGGCACACUCCUCAUGGUUUUUUAAUGAUUUGUAGAAACUACAUGUACAACUUGUAUACUUUAGAUCUGAUAGUCAGUCAUUCACAUUAUAGAUUUGCUGUUACAGUGUAUGAUGUUUAGCUACCCAAUAAACUUCACAUCACAUUUUGUGAGUGCAUUAUUGUGUUGUUUGCUUUUAGCUCAUGUGCACUAUCGUCUCAUUGUGUUGUUUAUACCUUAUAAUUUUGCUUUGUAGCUCAGCUUUACUGAUGCAGAUGUAAGGAGUAAUGCAUUAGCAGUCGUAUCUACUGUUCAGUCACACAGGAUAUCAACAAAAGGUAAUUCGAUAUACAUGUAAUUUAUUGUUUAAAGCGACAGAGAAUAAUGUGACAGAGACAGAGACACCCAGUCUUGCCCUUGGGAUAUGCGAAUUCCACCAAAGCUAUUUGUAGACAAAUGAAACACUUGAAAUUAAUUUAAAGUGGAUUCCGGAGAGGUCCACAAACUUUUAUUCAGUGAUAUCAAAAGAGACGCCUCAGGAAUUAGACCUCCAUUUAAUUACAACUUCUAAAAAUAUCCUCAGGGAAAUUCACAUAUCCUGGCCAACGUCCUAUGAUUCCCUCUUUGUCCAAGUAUUCUCUCUUGUUUAAACCUUUAAACCCUAAGAUCAAAAUCUGAAUUCUCAUUUGUUGCCCCUAGUCAUUUCCUACAGAAGUAGUGGGGAGAAGUUGAUAAAAUAUCAAGCAAAUUCAUCUUGUGUGAUAAUGUCCGUAAUUCUCAUGACCUGACUGUUUUACAAAGCAUUGAUAUUACAAGGAGAAAUUUGAUGCUGAUUACUCUUAAGGCGUAAAGGGUUAAACCCAUUCACGACAGAACCGUCCGUAACUGCGUGCGUGGAUCACCAUCCCUUGCAUGAAUUUUAAUAUCAUAAACUGUUUCAACGGCCAGAGACGAUAAAAAAUUAUUGAUAUCUACCUUGUGGAGGGGAAUGAGCUCUCUGGAACCAUACACCAAAGUGAGCGCGACUCAGUUUAAUAGGCUAGAGAAAAACACACAAAAAAAUCUUGUAUUUGAACCAAAAAAACUCCAGUAAAAAGUCCUGUUUAAGUUCCACUACCCAUCUGGACGUUUCCACAAUACUUUCAAGCUCUGCUUUUUGCAAGAAAUUUUCCAACCAAAAACGAAGCCCAGUAAAUUCCCAGUAAAGGGAUUAAAAACGGGUUAGGAAAAUUAAAGCGCAAGAAGUAGGAAGGACAGAAAGGGAAAGGUAUAAGCCGAGGGGCUGUGAAUAAACUUUUCGAAAUUUUUCCUUCGGCAUAAGCCUGAACUUCAAAAGCUCUAUGUAGCUUGUGGCACCAAGAAUAAAAGCUAGCACGACAACUUGGGAAGGUUUGGUUCCUUUUUAGCCAGGUUGUGGGUGGAAAAUGGCUCGACAAGCUUCAAAAGGCUUUUUUCGUCAAAAUGCUGGAGUGAAUAGCUUAAAGGAUGAGUACAGCUAUAUUUUCUGUCAAUCUACAUCAACUCAUGUCUUUUAAUGAUAACCUCAGUGGAAGAAAUCGUCGCUCUUUAUCACAGGCAAUGAAUGCUUUGAGCUUCAACACAGCUGAUCAAGUUAGCACGUUUGUUAGCCAUCAUUUAAGCCCCGUGCAAAACGCAACUUUCUUGGCCAACAACUCCCACCGUUGUUAGAUGUUACAUGUUGCAUCCGUUUACACACCCUGUUGCAUGUUGUUGCAUGUUGUUGCGCAAAGUUUGAAACCGGUCAAACGUUUAGCUAAGUGCAAACUGGCGCAACGACUUCCAACAUUGUUGGGCCAGCAAUGUUGGGAGUUGUUGCGUCCGUGUUGGCAAUGGUGUGAAAACGGACGCAACAAGUCCCAACAAUGUUGGGAGUUGUUGCGCCCGUUUACACGUAGCUUUAGGAAACUAGGUCCUUGUAGUUGGCAAGUAUAACGGAAACACCCCUUCUAACUUGUUUUCAAUAUUUUCCACCAGGCAAGUUCUUUGAGAAAAUGUGGCUUUCCUCUUCAAAUGGCCCCGGUUUUCGUUUACUCUUGGAUGAAUUAAUAAGCUAGUGUUAGCACUGAAUGAUUCAUGGAAAAGACGAACUUCACAAGCUUCUGGAAUGCUGAAAGGACCUUCUUGAUUAUCUAACGUAUUUACGUAGUUCCGUUUGUGGUAAGAAGGUCGGCUACUCUCUACUCUCUACUUCUAACAAUCGUUACAUUCCAUACCAAGAGAUUUCAUGGAAGGAUUUGGAAGCCACUGUAGCCAGUCACAGGAAGUAAAAACCAAAGACAACGAAAGGUAGACAAGAAAUCCACAAGGGUGCCAACUCAAGAACUCAGUUCCAAGCACAUGUUCGUUUAACUUUGACUCUGAAAAGUCUUACAUUCAUUUAGUGACUAAAAGUUAAGAAUAUGAUAGUUGAAGGCCUUGUGGAGAAACUUUCUGCGAUUAUAAAUGCAAAAAUAAGCCUUAGCAAUGAUUACUAUAGGCUUACUAUCCCGACUGCGAUCAAACCUGUGAGGCAGGAACGAGGUUAUAUAAAGUAGUUGGUAAUGUGAGCAUGUCUCAAUUUCUCUGGCACAAAUUUAAAAAAUUGUUUUGGCGACCAGUAAGUAUAUAUUGGCAUUAGACCGUCAGUGCGCAUGCUCUUCAAUCAGCUUUCGCAACUCGUGAACUCUUUUCAAGAAAUAGCAAGAACCUUGCCCAAUCCCUUGGCCUCAUUAUUACGCAC